UUUAAAGCUGAAUAGUCACACGGACAGCAUAAUGUUUUUUACUAAAUCCCCAUUUAUGGGUUUGCUGCUCUGCAGUUUCCUGGCCACAAUUUCUGCGGAGGUGGGAAAACUGGUCUGCUUCUACGAUACCCCAAGAUUGGUGCCACAAAGUCCCGCACCAAUUACACUGACAGAACUAGAGCCCGCCCUGAAUUUCUGCAACUUUUUGGUCUACGGUUAUGCGGGAAUCGAUCCAGAGAAUUUUAAAAUAACAUCCUUUGAUUUACCCAGUGGGAAUCACAUCAACGAUUUGCGCAAGAAAUUCCCCCAUGUUCGAUUCCUGCUCUCCGUGGGCGGGGAUCGGGAUAUAAACGGUGAAGGAGUUCCGGAUACUGACAAGUAUUUGAAUUUGUUGGAGCAACCGGAGCGUAGGAGCAACUUUAGGGCCAGUGUCAUGGCAGAGCUGAAUAGACUCGGAUUCGAUGGCAUCGAUCUGGCAUGGCAGUUUCCCAAAAACAAGCCCAAGUUGCAGCAGGGAAUCCUUAAGCGGGCUUGGGGCAAGUUCCGUGGCUGGUUUGGUUCCACCUCGGUGGAUGAGAAGGCCCCAGAGCACAAGGAGCAGUUUGCGGCUUUAAUGGGAGAACUCAGAUCAGAUGUCCACCGAGCUGACAAGCUGCUAAGCCUCACCAUGCUGCCGCAUGUAUCUGCCGAGCUCUUCAUUGAUAUCCCAACUGUGCUGAUGUAUGCGGACUUUGUCAACCUGGCCACCUAUGACUUUCAGACCCCGGAAAGAGAUCCCAAGGUGGCCGAUCUUCCAGCCCCUCUGCAAGCCAUGUAUGAACGUGAUCCCAGCCACAAUGUCCAGUACCAGGUCGAGCAUUGGCUAAAUGCGACGGCGGAGAGGAAUUUCGAUAAACUUAACAUUGGGGUGACCAGUUAUGGACUUGCUUGGGUUAUGACCAGGAACUCUGGCAUCACAGGCUAUCCACCCAUACCAGAGGCGGAUGGUCCAGCACUGGCGGGCACUACAACCGGUAUCCUUAGCUGGCCGGAGAUAUGUGAGCUACUGCAGCAACAGCCCAAGGAUCGAGAGACGCCGCAUUUGCGGAAGGUGGGUGAUCCCACCAAGAAGUUUGGCGUCUAUGCCUAUAGAGCGGCGGAUGACAAGGGGGAGAACGGCCUCUGGGUGGGCUACGAGGAUCCCACAACGGCGGCCAAUAAGGCUGCCUUUGCUCGAGCUCAUGGUCUAGGUGGCGUGGCCUUCCAUGACCUGACCAUGGAUGAUGUACGCGGUCAGUGUGCCGGCGAAAAGUUUCCCAUUUUGCGCAGCAUCAAAUAUAAACUGUAGUAUGACUUUUGUAAUAUGUUGGA